UGGAUGAGGGCUGUGAAGGGGGCCCAGAAGGGGGCGCAAGUACCCUCUUCCUUAUAUCUUGCAAUUAACGCCAUUCACGUCGCGACUCCGCGACUCAUGUGACCCGUGUGAUAAUAGGUCCAUGGGAUGGAAUUGACUUCGCCGAAGAACUUCUUAGUUUCGGGACCAUUCAACAUGGAAUCCUCCCGACUUCUGCAACGAGACCCUCAAGAAACAAUGAUGCUGGUCCUGGUUCACAUUUCUGCUCAUCUUCACAGGACUUCAAUGCAUUUACGUCGUCAUCCGGCACAACAUCUAUCAAUUCUGUAAUUUCAAGACCACUCAACAUUCUAUGGAUCGCCUCUUUGAUACUCAGCCUGACUACGACUUCCGUCGGCAUGUUGGUGAAACAGUGGCUACAUGAAUUCGUCAAGGAGAUGGUCAGCUCUCCUCGUAUCAGGGAGCUGCGUUUUUCAGGGACUGAGCGAACGAGGCGUACCACCAUUUGCAAAAUUGCGCUCUUUUUUCCCUUCUUCGUUAGCUUAGUCGAUCACAUAAUGCUGAUUCUUGACGUGGUUUCUUCGCAGGACAUACAUGAUGUCAACCAACUUAAAGGUCCUACUCGCACCUUACCACACUCCGAUGGGAAUAGCGACCAUACUCCUAGGAAACUCGAGAGAACGCGUUAGCCGCACCAAAUGUCUACAGUCUGAGUCAUUUCCUUGUGAUGACAUGGGUUGGCUGCGUAGUCCGAAUGAGAACGUAGGAAGUUAUUUGCUUUCAUUUUUAGGUACUGUACUUUCAGGAGAUUGGGCCAAACAUAUAGCAUUCAAUCAGAUGCUGCGUUGCUUGCAAUGUUGGUUCUGGCGAAUGGACCAAAACAUGGAAAAACGAGGGCUUUGAAGAGUGGAGAUUCAGAAUGAACCAUAACAUUCAUA